UGGGCAGUCGCUCCCUGACCGAUUUCUCAAGUCGCAAAAGCGAGUCGCGGGACGGCCGAGCCAAUCACAGCCUCGCCGGAAGUGAUGCGUGCGUUUGUUUACAUCCGGCACUGCUUCCCGCGGGAAAUAGCGACGCGCGUUAGCUGGUAUGGAGUUCUGCGCCGAGGCUCUAAUCAAUGCUGUGAAAGACUAUGCAUUUCUUUACGAUAAGCGGCACCCCGACCACAAAGAUCGGGACAAAAAGCUGCAGGCCUGGACCGAGAUCGGCAGCAUUUUCGGCAUGGCAGGGCUAGAAUGCCAAAAAAAGUUCAAGAAUCUGAAGGAUGUGUACUACAGGACAAAAGCGGCGGUUAAAGGAAAGUCCAAGAGUGGCGCUGGGCUUGCGGAUAUCCCGACUGUGAAGUGGGCACACUUUGAAGAGAUGGCAGGGAUCGUCGAGCCAUUCUCGCAGUCUGCCGUGGUGUACUGCAGCCUACAACAUGAAGAAAAAAGCUCAAGCUCCACAAGCACGAGUGAACAGCCAUCGCCGCAAGCACAGGAGACGGGUCCCUCAACCGCCUCAAGUUCAGUUGUUGGCUGUGGCUUGGAGGAGUCACCUGCACAUGAGUCCUUCAUGAAUGCAGAGCCCAUAUCACCAGAGGAAGGGCUACCUGCUGAAAGGCCGCAGACAACACAGAAACGACAGAAGAGGCGCAGAUCAUCACAGGAUGCAGGAGAAGGCCGCAGCCACGAGUUGGUGGAGGCCUGUGUCGGCCACCUUGGUGCAUUAAGAGCGCUGAGGAGUGAAUCAAAGAGAGAUGAAAUAUAUCAUUUCUCCAUGCGACUAGACUGCCGCCUCAGGGCCAUUCCAAAAGAUAGAUCCCAAAGUAUCAUGAACAGUUUUGACAACAUGCUAUAUCACGAAGAGCAGGAGUGCAGGGAUCUGGGGCUGACCGAUGUUCUAUAAAUCACAGUAUUGGUAGGCGUAGUGGAAAUUUAUUGAAAGAAUUUUGGAACUUAUUUUACACUAUGGGGCACAUCUCGGCCAAAUAUUUUGAGUCCCACAGCAGAACAGGGUUGUAAAGUGGACCUAGGUACAAGCAACUAUGUCGGUAGAUACCUUGUUUAUGUAAGCCACAAACCUAAGAAGUAUUAUUUAUUUGUGUCUCUUGGUUGCAAUUCCAGUAGUUUGUCGCUAUGACAAGGAAGUAAAACAUUGCUCAAAUGACCACAAACAUAUUGCAAAGACAAUGUUGUUUAAUUGUCAUGCUGUGAUUUUACCUCAGGGUUUCUUUAUAUCAGUGUUUCCCAAACUGGGUUUGAUUGACAAAAGGCGAGGGGUGGGGGGGUCGUGGCACGCUUGAGUUGCGGAGUAGGAGCGUUUCGGAAACACUGCUUUAUAGCUAUGUUCCCUGCUGUCUUAUCUUAGUGCAAUAUCAUGGCAAUUUCCAUUUCCAAGGAGGCGAUUUGUUGGCACAGAGGUUUGGUUCAACAGUAACAGUACAAUUUUUACACUUUUUAGCAAAUAGUCAAGAACGUGCAAUUAACCAUAUUUCAAUUAUCUAUUUUAUUUAUUCAAGAAAUAGGGUCCUUGUUAUCUGUCGUGCACAAAGAAAUGAGGAUGAGAUAAACAUUACCUUUGUUCAAUAAAAGCAUUGCAAAUGUCGG